GUGGACGAGACGACAGAACACAGACAGAAACCCAAAUAAGUUGAUAGUCCUUCGUAAUCAUCAUCAUCAUGCUGGGAGGAGGAUUCAAAGCAGAGAGGUUAAGAGUGAACCUCCGCCUGGUCAUCAACCGACUCAAACUCCUUGAAAAAAAGAAAACUGAACUCGCUCAAAAGGCAAGGAAGGAGAUCGCCGAUUACCUGUCAUCAGGAAAAGAUGAGCGGGCACGGAUCCGUGUGGAGCACAUCAUCAGAGAGGACUAUCUGGUGGAAGCCAUGGAGAUCCUCGAGCUUUACUGCGACCUGCUGCUGGCUCGCUUUGGCCUCAUUCAGUCUAUGAAGGAACUGGAUCCAGGCUUACAGGAGGCAGUGUCCACCCUCAUCUGGGCAGCACCUCGUCUUCAGUCAGAGGUGUCUGAACUAAAAAUUGUAUCUGAACAGCUGUGUGCAAAAUAUAGCAAGGAGUACGGCAAGCUGUGCAGGACAAACCAGAUUGGCACAGUCAAUGACAGGCUGAUGCACAAACUGAGCGUGGAGGCCCCUCCCAAGAUCUUGGUGGAGCGCUACCUGAUAGAGAUCGCCAAGAACUAUAACGUGCCGUAUGAACCUGACGCGAUGGUCCGGCCUGAGGUGUGUCCCGGAGAGGAGGCAGACCUGAUUGAUGUGGACACUGACAAGAAGUCCGGAGGAGGAGGAGGUGGUGGAGGUUUCACUGCGCCUCCUGCUGCUGCUAUGCCUAUGCCUAUGCCCAUGCCUAUGCCCAUGCCAAUGCCAACAGCUUUCAACUAUCCACCUCCAAAAGGAUCCGUACCAUAUAAUGCUCCCAUUGGAACCUAUGACAACUUCCAGCACCCCAUGGGAGGAGGGCAGCCCCCUCAGCUGCCCACUUCUCCCCCCACAUAUGAGUCCAUUGAUGACCUAAAUGACAAACCCUCUGUUCCUUCCCAGGCUGUAGGUCCUGGGCCUUCGUCUCAGGUGUUUGACAACAACGCUCUCCCAGAACUCCCCUCUGUUCCCGACACACUCCCCACAUCCUCCUUCGGCGGAAACACCACCUCCUCUGAUGACAUCGACUUUGAUGAUUUAACACGGCGGUUUGAGGAGCUGAAGAAGAAGACUUAAUUGCUAUAUCCCUGGUUUAUAUACACACACACACACACACACACACACACACACAGGCCUGUGUCCUCACCUACACAGCUCAGAACAGGAAAUGGAAAAUGGUCAAGGCUCUCUAUCAGAUUUGGGUAGUUCUCCUCCCCCUUCCACAGUGUAGUAACAUAGAUGUAUUCUUACCUCAUUUAUAUGAAUAAGACCAGCUUACUGAGGGUGUGGUUGCUCAUUGGACCUUGUCUCUUAUUAGAAAUCUCAUUUCUGUUGGCACUACCAAUGAGUACCAUAUGUUUUAAUUUCUUUCUAUACAACACAUAAUAUAAAUUCUUACAUACAAUCAUGUUGGUGUUGACCUCUGUUCACUCCUUCUCAUUUAAGAUCACACCAACUUUUAACUUUUUUUUCCAUUUGUCUGUGUCAUAUCCUGUAUAAUCAAACCUAGAUUUUAAUUGUUGCUUAUCUCUGGGUUUCUUUUGGCUCUGACUAAUAUUUACAACACAUGCCUUGAUUCUACUUUGCACAUGCUGUGUUGCUGUGAUCUUUGCCACUGUGUCACUCAGUCCUGUCUCUCAGACUAGUCAAACAAGCCCAACCGGCCGCCCCAGUUUGGUGGGGGACUGGCAUUCACGCUAACAAAGCCAACAGAUUGUCUCCAAGGCGAGAGUACAAUGCCCAACAUUUUUUUUCAUAAAGGCAUCGGGACAGACAGAAGCCAUAUUUUCAGUGUCUUGUGCAGUCGCACAGUUUUGUCACUGUGGAAAGGAUGUUUUUCAAACACUCCUCACUCACUGAGCUUCUCAAACUUUAGAGUUUAUUUAUACCAGACAAAAAGGGGUGUAUGAGUCCCUGGUGGCACAUGUCAAACCUGUUCUGUUCAUCUGUUACGGGGGUGAUGGGACACAGAUGUGAAGUGAUUAGACAGUGUAUGGAAAUCUGUAAUAUAAUACAUUUACAAUGAUAUAGAUAAGAUAACACAAAUGAUUUAACUGUACAGUGAAGAGUUUGGUAGUAGGGAGUUGUUCAAUAUUUGACAAAUCUGUUUUAUACACAGUACCUCCAAAUAAAGUUUUUUUGUCCUUUUGAAUGUCGGUUUUACCAAAUACCUGCACUUUCUUAUCAUUGAAGCUCUUAAUUUGCAAGCAAAAUCUGUGCAGACGAAGGUAGUCCCUAAUUUGAGAAGAUGCAAAUAUUGACCUGGAGAAAUAGGUUUGUGUUGUCCUCUGUGAUUCUUUGUGCAUGUGUCUUAUACUGUAUGUGCGCCACUGCAUUUGCCUUAGUUACCAUCUCUCAUCAGAGGCCUUGCCAGUCUGUACUAGGAUUAUGCAUUUUUUAUCCAUUAAGACUGGAUAUGCCACCUGUAUCAAGUUUAAGUUGCUUUAUUUGCUUUACCCAUAAACAAUUCUUUAAAAUCUGUUGAGUUGAAAUUUGCGAAUUGGAUGAAUGAAAAGAAAAACAAACAUCUGUACUGGCAAUAGAGGUUUCUGUUUCUUAUGGAGAAAUAGGAGUGAGAAGGUUCUGUUGUCGUUCAGAUGCGUUGCGUUGUUGCAACGUAACCACACCACCAUUUGCAUGGCAAAUGAAGGGUGGCCUUGAAUAAAAUGAUUCACUAGUCUCUGGAGAGCAUGUUGAAAAGCUUUCCAGCUGAGAGAUUAGACAAAAGUUUAUAGGUUUUACAAGUGUUGGAGAAAGUAGAGAGAGAUUAUUAACACUACAGAACUGUGAUCUGCUCACUGUCUUUUCUAUGUUGGACUGUUCUUUCAUGCUAAACCUUGAGACACAAAAUGGUGUCUUGUUGCAAAAAAACAGGAUUUUUUUCCACUGUAUACUAAAAUAAGCAAUUUAAUAAAAGAUUAUUUGGAACUGGA